AUAGUCAAAGACCCAACAUUUUUCUUUUUCUUUAUUUUCUUGGUUUAUACUUUGUUUUCCCUCUUUUGCAUAGAAACCACAAGAAACAAUCUGUUUAGCUUCUGUGUUUUUUUCUGUUUACGAAUAGAUCAUUUUGGACUCAACAGCCAUGGAAGUGUCACAUGGGGAUGAAAACAGUGGAGGUGUGUCACUAGAAAAACUGUGCCAAAAUGAUCCAUUAAACUGGGUUUCUGCUGCUGAGUCAUGGAAAGGAAGCCAUUUGGAUGAAGUGAAAAGAAUGGUGAAUGAAUAUCGAAAGCCGGUGGUGAAGCUGGUGGGUGAGACACUGACCGUAGCUCAGGUGGCUGCAGUGGCGGCCCGUGUUGAUGGAGUCAUGGUUGAGCUGAGUGAGUCGGCCAGGGCCGGUGUCAAGGCAAGCAGUGAUUGGGUUAUGGACAGCAUGAACAAAGGAACAGAUACCUAUGGCGUUACUACUGGUUUCGGUGCCACUUCACGUAGGGGGACCAAGCAAGGAGCUGCCUUGCAAAAAGAGCUCAUUAGAUUUUUGAAUGCUGGAGUCUUUGGGAGUGGCACAGAAUCUUGCCACACAUUGCCACAUACAGCAGCAAGAGCUGCAAUGAUAGUGAGAAUCAAUACACUCCUCCAGGGCUACUCAGGCAUUAGGUUUGAGAUCCUGGAAGCCAUCACAAAGCUACUGAAUCACAACAUCACACCAUGUUUGCCUUUGCGUGGCUCAAUUUCUGCCUCGGGUGAUAUAGUUCCCUUUUCAUACAUCGCCGGACUCCUCAUGGGACGGCCGAAUUCCAAGGCUGUUGGUCCCAAAGGAGAAGCCCUUGGUGCCAACGAAGCCUUUCACCUUGCAGGCAUUAAUGGUGGAUUCUUCGAGUUGCAGCCUAAAGAGGGUCUAGCAUUAGUUAAUGGCACGGGAGUUGGUUCUGGCUUGGCUUCUAUAGUUCUCUUUGAGGCUAACAUUUUGACUGUCCUAUCUGAAGUUUUGUCAGCAAUAUUUGCUGAGGUUAUGCAAGGAAAGCCAGAGUUUACAGAUCAUAUGACUCAUAAGCUGAAGCACCAUCCUGGCCAGAUUGAGGCUGCAGCUAUUAUGCAACACAUUCUGGAUGGAAGUGCCUUUGUUAAGGCAGCACAAAAAUUGCAUGAAAUUGAUCCCCUGCAAAAGCCAAAGAAAGAUCGAUAUGCUCUUCAUACUUCCCCACAAUGGUUGGGCCCUCAAGUUGAAGUGAUUCAAUCAUCAACGAAGUCCAUCGAGAGGGAGAUUAACUCGGUGAAUGAUAACCCAUUGAUUGAUGUGUCAAGGGACAAGGCCUUGCAUUGCGGGAAUUUCCAGGGUACUCCCAUUGGUGUGUCUAUGGAUAACACAAGAUUAGCAAUAGCCUCAAUCGGAAAACUCAUGUUUGCUCAAUUCUCUGAGCUUGUCAAUGAUUUCUACAACAAUGGGUUGCCAUCGAAUCUGUCAGGUGGUAGGAAUCCAAGCUUAGAUUAUGGGUUCAAGGGCGCUGAGAUAGCCAUGGCAGCAUAUUGCUCAGAGCUCCAGUUUCUGGCUAAUCCUGUUACCAAUCAUGUCCAGAGUGCAGAGCAACACAAUCAAGAUGUGAACUCGUUGGGGCUAAUCUCUGCAAGGAAAACAGCUGAAGCUGUUGACAUCUUAAAGCUGAUGUCUUCAACAUACUUGAUUGCGCUCUGUCAGGCUAUCGAUUUGCGGCACCUGGAGGAGAACUUGAAGAACGCAGUCAAAAACGCAAUGAGCCAAGUUGCCAGGAAAGUCCUAACCAUGGGGGUAAACGGGGAGCUUCAACCUUCAAGAUUCUGUGAGAAGGAUUUGCUUAAAGUGGUCGACCGUGAGCAUGUUUUUGCAUAUGUUGAUGAUCCAUGUAGUGCAACAUACCCACUUAUGCAAAAGCUGAGGCAAGUCCUGGUAGAACAUGCCUUGACAAACAGUGAUGAUUUGAGUAACGCAAAUGCUUCGAUCUUUCUUAAGAUUGGAGCUUUCGAGGAGGAAUUGAAGACAGUCUUGCCCGAGGAAGUUGAAACUGCAAGAACAGCUUUUGAAAGUGGUAAUCCAGCAAUCCCAAAUAAGAUCAAGGAGUGCAGGUCCUACCCUUUAUACAAGUUCGUGAGAGAAGGCUUGGGAACUGAGUUUUUAACAGGAGAGAAAGUGAGAUCGCCAGGUGAGGAAUGUGAUAAAGUAUUUGUUGGAAUGUGUGAGGGGAAGUUGAUAGAUCCACUCCUCGAAUGUCUCAAGGAUUGGGAUGGCAAUCCUCUUCCAAUAUGUUAAAGAAACCAUCUCUGCUAUCUAGUUGGAAACUUCCCUCACAAAGCUUGUUAUAUAAUAAAAGCACAUGUAAAUUGGUGUUCCAAUACCAAAAAGAUUUGAAGGAGAGAGAAUAAAGGGACUAACAGACCUGUUUUGUUAUGUCAAAGAUGGUGUUAUGUUUUUCUGGUUUACCAUUUUUAUUUUUUAAUUUGUUGUACCAAAUCUGUAUUUGGAGGAUAUUUAUGUACCGCAAUGAAUGAAUUUAAUUAUUUGUUGCCGGA